UGCAGUGAAUGAUUUCCCCCGAGGCGGAGCUCGACCCACCUGAGCCGGCAGUCACGCCGCCCAAGUGGUCGAGCCUGCCAGCACUGCCCCGCCACCAGGGACCAUGGCCACGGAUUCCUGGGCCCUAGCGGUGGACGAGCAGGAAGCUGCGGCUGAGUCGUUGAGCAACCUGCAUCUUAAGGAAGAGAAAAUCAAACCAGAUGCCAAUGGUGCUGUUGUUAAAACCAAUGCUAAUGCAGAGAAAACAGAUGAAGAAGAGAAAGAGGACAGAGCUGCUCAGUCCUUACUCAACAAGCUGAUCAGAAGCAAUCUUGUGGAUAACACCAACCAAGUAGAAGUCCUGCAGAGGGACCCAACCUCCCCUCUCUACUCGGUGAAGUCUUUCGAAGAGCUUCGCCUGAAACCACAGCUUCUCCAGGGAGUCUAUGCCAUGGGUUUCAACCGCCCAUCCAAAAUACAAGAGAAUGCAUUGCCUCUGAUGCUUGCUGAACCCCCACAGAACUUAAUUGCCCAGUCUCAGUCUGGUACUGGUAAAACAGCUGCCUUUGUGUUGGCCAUGCUCAGCCAAGUAGAGCCUGCAAACAGCUAUCCCCAGUGUCUCUGCCUCUCUCCAACCUAUGAGCUUGCUCUUCAAACAGGAAAAGUGAUUGAACAGAUGGGCAAGUUUUACCCUGAAUUGAAGCUAGCUUAUGCUGUUCGAGGCAAUAAAUUGGACAGAGGUCAGAAGGUCAGUGAGCAGAUUGUCAUUGGCACCCCCGGGACCGUCCUGGACUGGUGCUCCAAGCUGAAGUUCAUUGACCCCAAGAAGAUCAAGGUGUUUGUUCUGGACGAGGCUGAUGUGAUGAUAGCAACUCAGGGCCACCAAGACCAGAGCAUCCGCAUCCAGAGGAUGCUGCCCAGAAACUGCCAGAUGCUGCUCUUCUCUGCCACCUUUGAAGACUCAGUGUGGAAGUUUGCCCAGAAGGUGGUCCCAGACCCCAACAUCAUCAAACUUAAGCGUGAAGAGGAGACGUUGGACACCAUCAAACAGUAUUACGUCGUUUGCAAUAACAGAGAGGAGAAGUUCCAGGCCCUGUGCAACCUGUACGGGGCCAUCACCAUCGCCCAAGCCAUGAUCUUCUGCCAUACCCGCAAAACAGCUGGCUGGCUGGCAGCAGAGCUCUCCAAAGAGGGCCACCAGGUGGCUCUGCUGAGUGGGGAGAUGAUGGUGGAACAGAGGGCGGCUGUCAUUGAGCGCUUCCGAGAAGGCAAAGAGAAGGUCCUGGUGACCACCAACGUGUGUGCCCGUGGUAUUGAUGUUGAACAAGUGUCUGUGGUCAUCAAUUUUGACCUUCCUGUGGACAAGGACGGGAACCCAGACAACGAGACCUACCUGCACCGCAUCGGGCGCACGGGCCGCUUUGGCAAGAGGGGUCUGGCCGUGAACAUGGUUGACAGCAAGCACAGCAUGAACAUCCUCAACAGAAUCCAGGAGCAUUUUAAUAAGAAGAUAGAAAGAUUGGACACAGAUGAUUUGGAUGAGAUCGAGAAAAUAGCCAACUGAGAAGCUUCCCCAGCGACUGGCGCCACCCUCAGCACUGUCCUGCCGGGGAGCCUAGUGCUUUCAUGGCAUAGGCCUGGACAGGCGGCACCUCAAAGACCAAGGCCCGAGUAGAGACUACCUACCUCAUUCAGAAUUACGUUUGGACUUUACAGAAAUUUGUACAAAUGAUGGGGGAUGGUAGAAAAUUUGUUUACACAACUUUGGAAGAUUAGGCAUGAAUACACAGAAAUUUACCUUUUAGAAGUUCCGUCAUAUUUUUUUUUUUUUGCCAAUAUUUCCCCAUCACGUUAAUCUAGAUAAUAAUGCCCAGGCUUCCUUCCUUAUGACAAACCUUAGCUGUUCUUUGACUUACGGUGUGCAGGCCAGCCUUGUGGCCGUGACAGCACAGGAGAAAAGAGGCACCCUGAGGCAGAGUCCCCAAGUAGGAUAAGGAUGUAGGCCAGUUCUAGUGUCAGAAGGACGGCAUGAGGAGUUGGCCUGUGAGCUGCUGCUUAGCACUGGGUGUGCAAUGGCUAAGCUGAGUUACCAGAGCCCUGCUAACUUAUUCCAGGAAGAGAUUUACUAUGCUAGACCAAAAUGCCUUUGGGGCCACUCUAUUCAGGUUUGUGCCUCAGGAACAUGGCUUGUUCUUUUUCAGCGGUUGCAAUCUGUGUGCAGGACAAAUCUCAUUAUUAGUGAGUUCUUGGCUCAUACAUCUGCAAGACCCAUGGAUAAGUUCAUCAGGGAGAAUUAGUGGUCGCUCUAGCUUGCCACAAAGCCUUUGUCAUGGGCUCCUUGCACCAUUGUUUUUACAUUUGUAACAUCACCUUACCCCCUACUAGUGCCAGCCAAAUAAAAGGGUACUUGAGAUUUGGAUACUUAGUGAAUACUGUAGCCUCAAGUUUCUGAUGGGCAGCCUCAGUCUAAGCCAUUCUAGACAUAGAGUUCCCAACAAGUAGUUCUGUCAGAGCUAGGGAAUGAUUAUAAACAUUGGGCAUCUUGAUUCUAAAGGGAUUCUGAUCAUCUAUGUUCACAGUGCCUCGAAUGAAUACAAAGGAGUGUGAUGAGGGACAAGAUGGACCACAGCCAUUUGUCUGUCCAAGACAAGAAUAAUCAGGCAUUUGCUCCUUUCUUACUCGGCACCUGUGAGUAGAGUGGUAAAAGCAAACAAUAGAAAUGGAGAAUUCCUGGCUAGGCCGUAGGUGCCCACAAAGUGACAGAAGAGACGAAACCAGCCAGAAGUCAUCCUCUUCAGUCCUUUGACUGGGAUGUGGAGUGAUUCCUCUUUCUAGGUUUUUUUUUUUUUUUCCCAAUGUAUGUGUUGUGGUGGGACUCACAUAUGCUAGGUAAGCACUUUACACAGAACUAUCAUUCCCAGCCAUGGAAGAGGCUUUUUCUAUGUUCCUGGAUCUUAAGGCCAGCUCCAUCACCUGGAAAGGGGAGUGGUUUGCUUAAUGUUACAGAGAGACCAACAGACUGCCAGUUCAGCCACUUCCUCUUAAUGGGCAUUUGACUGAAUAGAAUUCUUUGUAUACUCCUGGCCAAACUUUGAUCUAUUAUAGGAGUCUUAAAAGGAGAGAAGAAAUUUUUUGUCCUCCCAAAACACUGUGAACCAAGCCUGGAAUAACUAAAACCAAGGAUAUAUUGUAAUUGAAGUAGGUAGACUUUUGCUAAGUCUGAAGAGGAAGAUGGGGAAGGUGUACAGCAGACUCUUCGAUGGCUUCUGGUGGAAGUGUAGCUCAGCUGUUCUUAACCUAGUGUCUUGCACCUCUGAGAAUUCACUGGCUGGGUUUCAUGAUGUCUGUGAUGUAUUAUUUUGAAUUUAAAUAAUUUCUUGGAGUACUCCCAAAGGAUUACACACCUUUUAAAAAGGUGAGACCCACAAUUGUGGGACUCUGGAAUGUCCCUGUGGGCCACAUUCCUUCACAGUCCACACUCAUUCCUGCCACCAGCUGUUCCCCAAGGCCAGCCUAGAGCUGUCAGGACUCUUAGAAUUAGUGAGCUUGCUGUGCCUUUGGUCCAGGGAUUCUUUUACUGAUUUCAGUAAAGUUAUCUUCUAUGACAUGACAAACUGAACCCAGAAACAAAGAAACUCAGGGAAAGAAGAGAGUAGCUCAGGGAGGGAAAUGUUCUUGUCUAAUGGAAAGUUUACGAUGUUCAUUAUCCAAAAACAAUAGGUUUUACUUUUUUGCUUCAAACUCACGUUUCCUGAGUGCUAGAAUUACAGGUACACACCAUCAUGCCAGACUGGGGUAUUUUGUUCUGAGUAUCAUUUAUUGGUUGUCUACAUAAGAUCUAAUCAAUUGUUGAGACAUAGUUUUUGUUUUUUAUUUGUUUUUUGAAGCAGCGUUUUCCUUUAGCCCUGGCUAUCCUGGAACUUGCUCUAUAAUAGACCAGGCUGGCUUUGAACUCAGCCUCUGCCUCCCACGUGCUAGGAUUAAAGGUGAGACAUAGUCUUUACUGAUGUUAAUUAUGAAGUGUUCAUAUUACUAAGACAUUAAUGGUUAUAAGAAGGAAGUGGCAUCUUGUGAUUGUUGGUAUUAAGUGAAGUCACAUGUUAUGCCUUAGGCUAAUUAUAGUUAGUCUUAUUUCAAUUAGUACUGUUCUAACACGAGUAACUGGAAAAACUCCAUAGAGGUAGGAUUCUGCUCACUUGCCAGAGGGGCACAAAUACACACACCUCCUACCCCACUGCAGUAAGACAGGAUUCAGGCUAACUACUCAGAAAAAGGUCACUGUCAGUAAAUUCAGUCUGUAGAUCCAUCUCCUAAUCUUAGGAAAAGUAAAAGGAUAUAAAUUGGGCAAUAGGCCUUAGAGACCAAGAGUGAUGGUCCACACCUGUCAGUCCCAGCAUUAGCAAACCCGAGGCAAGAGGGAUUUUAGUUUCAAGUCAGCCUGACCUAUGUCUCAAACAAAAACAGGCUGAGCAUGGUGCUUCCUACCUGUAAUAUGGGCAUUUGUGAUAUAAAAGCAGGAAGUUUCAGGAGUUGAAGGGCAGCCUAAGCUACAAGAGGCUGGGUGGGGGCGUGUAGCCUGGAGGUAGAUCUUUCCUCUUUAUUGAGUCAGUGUCUAAGACUGGUAUAUAAAGCUUUCCAAAGGCUAGAGAAAGUUCCAUAAAGGAGUGGGGUUUGUAUAUGAGAAAGCAGUCUUGUGACAGGAGGAAUCCCAGCCCAGGAAUAUUAAGACUAAAGCUUAGAAUGGUGGGACAUGCCUGUAAUUCCAGCGUUUAGGAAGUGAUGUGAAGAUCAGGAGUGCAAGGUCAUCUUCAGCUACAAAGAGAAUUUGAGGCCAGCCUGGUCUACGAGAGGCCCUGUUUCAGGAAACAAAAGACUAGAACAAAAAAUACUAGGUAAAGUGGUUUCAUGUCUGUAAUCCCAGCAUUUAGGAGGCUGAGGCAGGAGGAUUGCUAAAUUCAAAGCCAGCUUGGUAACAUAGAAAUAGGCCAGCCUUAGUACAUUGUGACUCAAGUUGACAAGGCUAAAAGAGAUAUGCUAGGAAGACACAGUGCUCAACCUGGCUGAGAGGAAAGUCAAGAUUCACAGGAUGUUUUGUUGUUGUGUUUGAGAGAGCGUCUCACUAUUUAGCACAGGCUGGCCUGAAAAUCAAAGCAAUUCUGCCUCAGCAUCCUGAGUGCUGGCAUUCCAGGCAGGAAUUACCAAGAUCAUUAGACUUUGACUGUGUCCUAGUCCACUGCCCUGCUAUGACAAGGGCCAGGGCUGGGUAAUCUGAAGAACAGAUGCAGCCAGUGGGUCUGGAGGCUGAGACUGUCAAUACUGAAGCCUUGCAGAACAUUCAGAAAUUCUUCAAUCACAAAUGCAAUGAAAUUGGCUUUCUGUGGUUGGAGAGAGGAACUGUAGUGGCUGCCUCCUUCACCCAUACCACCCAAGGUAAUGAAGAUUUAAGGGAUCCUCUUCAAGUUUCUCUUGGUCCUCAUUAGAGACAGCAGAUUCCUGGGAACUCCUUGCAAUUUUACAUGACUUUGUUUCUCUGCCUGAGAAUAAAUAGUCUGUAUUCUGUUGCCCAGUUGUUGCAGUGUCUUCCAUAAAGGACCCUGGGGCAUGAGAUUAACCCAACUAAUACUGAGGCACUUGUACUCUUGCUUUUUUAAUCCAUUAGCUGAGAUAGGGCUUCCCCAGAACAGCUUUGAAAACCUAGUGUGAAGAUGCAGACACAGAAGAGUAGCACAUGCUUUUCUUGGCCUCCAGACUGCCCUGGCUUUAGAAUCCAGGGGGCCAGGCUUCUCUGUAGUAGUUUCAGUUAUGAAUGGGUAAUUGAAAUAGAAGGUGGGGGAAAGAUGUUUGAGGACAAGCUGGGCGUGGUGGCAUAUCUCUGUAAUCUUAACACUUGGAGGGGCUGACGGUUGAGUUUGAGUACUGUUGGGGCUACAGAGAUCCUGUCUCGUCCAAAAUAAAAGGUUAGGUGAAGCUUGACAGUGAUGCCCGACAUGUCCGCUAUCCACAUGGAGCACUCACCCCUCUGCCUUAGCUGUAGUUCAUGGAUGAGAGAGCAGACCUUUCCGUGCCCUUUUAGCCUGGGACUGUGGUUAGUUUUUGCCAAGGUAAGAGACAGCUUUCCCUAGAAGACAGCUCUUGUUUUCAGCCUUUCCUAUUCUCUUACAGCCAAGCAGUGUGUUUUCAAUUUAAGAACAGUCUACUGAGUUUGUUAUAAUUAUCCCUGAGGGCAGACCUACCUGUUUACACUUGAAAGGACAACUCAGGCUAGGCUGUGGUAGUGCACGACUUUAAUCCCAGCACUCCGGAGGCAGAGGCAUUCAGAUCUCUUUGAGUUCCAGGCAGCCUGGUCUACAGUGUGAGUUCCAGGACAGCCAGGGUUAUACAGAGAAACUCUGUCUCAAAAAACAAAAUAAAAAAGACAACUCAGGUUAUGUGGCCAAAUGGGCCUGGGUGUGUGUGUGUUCUGUUCAUUUUGCUGACAGCAGUGGCUGCUAAGUAGAGAAUUAUUAAGCUAUGACUGGUGAGAUGGCUUUAGUGGGUAAAGGUACUUCCUCCCAGAACCCGCUUCCAACAGUGGAAAACCAGCCUCAAGGAGUCGUCCUUCAUUAGUGGGCAAUGGUGCGUACCUACACACGAACUUUAAUUUUUAAGAUUUACUCGUCAUUUUAAAUAAAUAUAUUUUUUUAAAUGUG